CUUCAUUUUCUUUUUAGCCCAAAACUCAAAGCCUAAAAUUGAAACCCUCAAAAACCCUAAAAUGAGAAAUCAGUACUCCUAAUUUUUCCAUCCUCACCGAAACAGAGCUCGGGUACUCUCAUCUUCAGCCGCAGCCAUGGUGAACGUACCUAAGACGAAGAAGACCUAUUGCAAGAGCAAGGAGUGCAGGAAGCACACUUUGCACAAGGUUACACAGUACAAGAAGGGCAAAGAUAGUUUGGCUGCUCAAGGGAAGCGCCGUUACGAUCGCAAACAAUCAGGUUAUGGUGGUCAGACCAAACCAGUGUUCCACAAGAAGGCCAAGACCACCAAGAAGAUUGUGCUGAGGCUGCAAUGCCAGGGUUGCAAGCAUGUAUCCCAGCAUCCAAUCAAGAGGUGCAAGCAUUUUGAAAUUGGUGGCGACAAGAAGGGGAAGGGAACAUCUCUUUUCUAAAUGGUGUUUAUUCAUUUCAUGUCAUGUCAUGUUGUUGGGAACUUUUGAAGACAGUAUGGAAUUUUAGUUUUUCUAAUGUAUUGUUUUCCGAGGGAUAUGGUGUUCUUUAAGCACUUAAUAUUUAAUGGCAUCGUUUGAUCUAUUGUCGCCAUUUGUUUUAAAUACUGUAUUUUAAUUUAAUUGUUUUUGGUAA